AUGAAUAACAAAGACCAUGAAAACCACGACCAUUCUUGCUCCCAUUCACAGCAAACAAACCCAUAUAUUCAGUCACUGGAAGAACUCGAUUUCUCAAAGUCUAUACACCAAGCAUGUUUGCAAGGAGACUAUUCAAAAGUUAAAGCGCUCAUAACGAAAAAAGGGGCGAGCGUGGUUAAUGAGCGCGAUGCGGCUGGGUAUACACCUUUGCAUUAUGGAGCAAGAAACGGCCACGAAGAAAUAUGUAGGCUUUUACUAGAAAAGGGAGCCAACCCUAACGCAACGACUCCGGAACUUUUAUCAACACCAUUAUGCCGAGCAGCUGUCGGCAAUCACAUAAAAGUGGUAACGCUCCUACUGAGACACGGAGCAAAUCCUAAACUUGUCGACUCAGAUGGCCAAUCGCCAUUGCACAAGGCAUGCGGAAAUUCCUCGAUAGCAGUGGCGAAACUAUUAAUUGAACAAGAUAAAGGAUUAGUCGAUGCUAAAGAUAAUAAGGGACGUGGGCCUCUUGAUUGCUGUAGAAGUAAGGAAGACGAAGAAGUUUUGGUGAAUGCUUCGCAAUUGUGA